AUGCACAGGGACGCCUGGUUACCUCGCCCUGCCUUCAGUCUCACGGGGCUCAGUCUCUUUUUCACUUUGGUGCCGUCGGGGCGGAGCAUGGAAGUCACGGUCCCCACCACGCUCAACAUCAUGAACGGCUCGGAUGCCCGCCUGUCCUGCACCUUCAACUCUUGCUACACCGUGAACCACAAACAGUUCUCCCUGAACUGGACUUACCAGGAGUGUAGCAACUGCUCGGAGGAGAUGUUUCUCCAGUUUCGAAUGAAGAUCAUUAACUUGAAGCUGGAUCGGUUCCAAGGCCGUCUAGAGUUCUCAGGGAACCCCAGCAAGUACGAUGUGUCAGUGACGCUGAAAAACGUGAGGCUGGAAGACGAGGGCAUCUACAACUGCUACAUCAUGAACCCGCCCGACCGCCAUCGAGGCCACGGCAAGAUCAACCUGCAGGUCCUUCUGGAAGCGCCCCCACAGCGGGACUCCACUGUGGCAGUGAUCGUGGGGGCCUCUGUGGGGGGCUUCCUGGCUGUGGUCAUCCUGGUGCUGAUGGUGGUCAAGUGUGUGAGAAGGAAAAAAGAGCAGAAGCUGAGCACGGACGACCUGAAGACAGAGGAGGAGGGCAAGACGGAUGGCGAGGGCAACGCAGACGAUGGUGCCAAGUAA